AUGCUGGCUGUUCUUUUAGUGAAUAUGGUCCUUAGCUGUUGUGGCUAUAACGAAGAUAUAACCCAUUGUUUAAGCACUAGAACACCCUACUUCCUCAAAGAUAUCAGAGACCCAACGCUGGACCAUUUCACUGUGGUUCAUGCAGAGUUAGUCCAGCGACAUGGCUCUCGAUAUCCAACAUCAAAUGACAUAAAUGCAAUGAAUAUGAUGGCUGAAAAAUUUGCUGAAAAUUCUAAAAUUACAUGGAAAAACCCAUUUCCAAUGGAAAUGGAAGGAGAGUUAUGUGAAAGAGGAAAACAAGAAUUAUUUAGUUUGGGAAAAUAUUAUAAGGGUGAAUUUAAAAAGUUGUUUUAUGGGAAAUCUUUACUUAAUAUUAACAUUACUGCUACCUUUAAAAAAAGGACUCAAGAUAGUGCUAGAAGUUGGUUAGAAGGGUUUUAUGAUGAUGAACCUGAAAAAAAACAAAUGGUUAUUGAUAACAAAAUAAAUAUUACUGUUGUUCCUAAAGACAAAGACACUCAGUUGUACUUUCAUAAAAAUUGUAGAAGAUAUGUUGAAUAUGAAAAAAGUGGUUCAACACAUAAACAGUCUAACCAAUAUGCUCAAAUGAAAUUAAGUGAAACAGCAAAUAGAUUUAUAGAAGCAAUUGGAAUGACUGAUAUUGAUGAAAGUACAAGUAAAAGUCUUACACAACUUGCUUUCACUGCUGGAGCACAUGAAUAUGUUGUAUUUAAUAAAAGUGAUGGAAUGUUAAAAUAUUUUAAUAUUAGGGAUGCACAUAUAAUGGAGUAUAUCAAAGACUUAGAAACAUAUUAUACAAAAGGUAAUUUUAGUGAGUUAAAUUAUAAAAUUGCAAUCCCUCUUUUGGACUCUAUUAUUAAUGGAUUAAAAUUAGCAGUUGUAAAUGAUAAAAAUAUUCAAUUAACAAAACAGGAUAAUAAUAUCCUUGGUAAUUUUAGAUUUGCACAUGCAGAAACUGUGACUCCUCUAAUGACUUUAAUGGGAGUUAAUAUUGAUCAAUUUGCUUUAACUGUAAAAUUAAAUGAAGCAAAAAAGAAUCAGAGAAAAUGGAAUAUGUCUAAAGUUAGUCCAUAUAGUGUCCAUUUCAUGUUUGUUCUUCUAAAAUCAAAAAAAGGGCAAUAUUAUGUAAGAACUUAUUUUAAUCAAGAAGCUAUAGUUUUACCUUCUUGUGGAACAGAAAUCUGUUUAUUUGAGGAUUUUGUGAAGUACUAUGAAAAAAUUACAAAAGACUUUGACUAUAAUACAUUUUGUUCAAAUUAA